UUGCUCCUACUACUUGAUAUCGUGACAACCAAAUUGAGACAUCAUCAAUGGCUGAGCAACUCUGCCGUCAAUUCUCCCUCGCUGAAAUCCAGUCAGCCACCGGAGAUUUCAGUGACGAGCAUGUGAUUGGAAAUGGUGGAUUUGGGAAAGUCUACAAAGGCCUCAUUGAGAAUGGGUCAGUUUCCGUGGCCAUAAAGCGGCGGCUAGCAUCGAAUCCGAGUCAAGGGAAAGGGCAAGGCCAGACAGAAUUUGCGGCAGAGAUUGAAACACUUACUCAGUUCCGCCAUCGUAAUCUAGUCUCUCUGAUUGGGUACUGCAAUGAGGAGGGUGAGAUGAUUCUUGUUUAUGAGUACAUGUCGAAGGGAACGCUGGCUGAUCACCUCUACAAUCAGUCAACACUCUCGUGGAAUGAACGCCUUAAGAUAUGUAUUGGAGCAGGCCGAGGUCUGGACUAUCUUCAUUCUGGUUGUUCCAUCAUACAUCGUGAUGUCAAGCCUACAAACAUCCUUCUGGAUGAAAAUUAUACAGCCAAGGUUUCAGAUUUUGGGUUGGCCAAACAUUUAAGGCAUGAUAUCUUAGAGAGUCAUGUCUUCACAAAUGUUAAGGGUUCAUUUGGGUAUUUUGAUCCAAGUUAUUUUACUACCGGUGUACUUACAAAGGGAAGUGACACUUAUGCAUUUGCGAUAAUAUUAUUGGAGGUAUUGAGUGGGAGACCAGCGGUUGGGGAAAAGCUUGCAGAGGAUGAGGUGUGUAUGAGCAUAUGGGCUCAAGAAAAUAUUCGAAAUGGAAAAGCUGACCAGAUUGUAGCUUCAAAUCUGAAGGGCCAAAUCUCGGAUGAUUGCCUCAAGACAUUUGUUGGGGUUGUUAAAAGAUGUUUGCAUAUUGAUCCGAAGAAACGACUAACAAUGACUCGAGUUGUGGCGCAACUUGAGUCAGCCUUAGAACAACAGGAGAGGAACGGGACAGCAACACAAAAAUUACAUUCUUGGCCAUUUUGGAAUAGAGUCGUACCAUCUGGUAAAAGUGAACUCUUUCAAUUUGAUAAGCUGUCAAAGGCCAUCCAUUCCAUCAAAGACGAUGUUCCUUUCAUUCUAUUUGGUGAAAUAAAGUUUGGUGAAACGAAGGGCGAUACUCAUUAUUUUAGCCCCAUGUCUAAUGGAUUCACAGGAGUCUUGGAAAAUGGAGAGGAUGCAACAAUUGAAAGGCUCCACUACAAGUCAAAGCAUGAAUUCAAAUCAGUGGUUUCAAGAAGAUUAUCAUUGCUGAAGCAUGAGAACGUGGUCGAACUAGUUGUUUACAGUUUCUACGGCUGUGAGCAGUUCUUGGCAUAUAAUUUUGCCCCACAAGGGUCCCUACAUAACAUUCUUCAUAACCAGCAAGGCAUAGGCUCAAAGCCAUGUCCGGUAUUAUCGUGGUCCCAAAGAAUCCAUAUCGCUCUUGGGGUUGCAAGGGGAUUAUGCUACAUUCAUGACAAGGGAUUGAUCCAUCAUAACAUCAGAUCCAGCAAUGUUUUACUUUGUGACGAUGGAACUGCUAAGAUACUUGAUCCUUUUCUCUGGAUUUCAUUCCCCAAUUGUGAGACAAAACCAUCUGUAGUAAAUUAUUUGAUGACACACUACCUGCAGCGGGCGGCAGGGCAGCAUAACCUUGUGUCAAGGGCAUUACCACUGCUGGAUUCAGACCAGGUACACAAAAUUGUGGAUGGUAGAUUAAAAACAGACUACCUGCCCGAGGCAGUUAAAAAGAUGGCUCAAGUUGCUCAAUUGUGCCUUCAAGAUACAGCUCAUUUUCGUCCAAACAUGGGUGAAGUUGUUCAAAAUCUCGAGUUGUGCCUUCGUGAAACCAAAUCACAACACUCACAGAGCUGAAAUCAGCUGAAGAAUGAUGCCACCCGAAAUGAAAGAAAAUUACUUCAUGCUCAUUUCAUUUCAUUGAAUUUGAUUUCCUUUCUUCUUAUCGAAAUGAUGAAGUCACUCAAACUAAUUCAGACAAAAAUGUAACUGACAAUGCCUCUGGCUGAUUUCUCAUAAUUCAGUUUGGCCACGGGUGAUUGAAAAUGGUUGAUUUGGUAAAUCAUUGCUGAAAAUGGAUUCAGUGAUUAUGGUAAAAGGCCCUUCUUAUUCUAGUAAAUCAGCUAAGUGUUGAAGCAGGGUGACUAUUAUCCAUAGAAGAUAUGUGCCGAUUGGUUCAUUUAUUUUCUCUUUUGAAAGAAGAGAGUAAUAGUAAUGUUUAGCAGUAAGAUUAAGCGAAUUGGCAUUGCGAAAGAGGUGAAAAUGACGAGAGCAAUAACAGGGUUGUUUUAUCGAAACUGAGUUGCAUUUCCUCGUUUUUGAUUAAUUACAGUUUCAACUGAAAGAACAUGAUUACAGAUUCAGUUAGUCAGCUGUUCAUCUGCAUCUCAAUCGAUUUUGCAGCCUCUAAU